GAGACCAUAGAGAUUUAUGCUCUGUUAUCUUUUGGUCAACAUGAUCUUCAUAGACAAAAAUCUCGAAUAUUGCUUAAGAACGCACUUGGAUACAUUUUUUAACUCGUCAUCCUUUAACAGUCUAUCUGGCUGGUGUAGCCUAUUUGGAAUAACGUUAGACUACUACUUGAACUUUCAAGGGUUUGAAUCGCUUCACCCAAUUUCAUCGAUCUGGGCCUCCAGUAAUGACACUUUUUGGAAACUGGGUACCUAUUUAAUGAACCAAAAUGUAAAGUGGCAGAGGAACUGAGACGCCAUCAUGCCUGGAGAUGAAGUCCGUCAGAGGAAAGGGCGGUCCAAAAAGGCUAAAAAGGGAAGGGGCAAAGGUCAGGGUAGUGCCACCAAUGAGAAGUUGGCAGGUUUUGAUGCCCAAGAUGAUACCCAGCUGCUGCCUCCUCCAAUACCACCACCCAAAAAGCCUGUGGAAGAGAAGGUCAAGCCAGCACAGGCCAAAGCUGAGGAGGAGUCAUCCAUAUCCAUCUGUCUACAGGUGCUCUUCCCCUACCUGCUUGCAGGGAUGGGGAUGGUGAUGGCUGGCAUGGUGCUUGACUCUGUACAGCACUGGGAGGUGUUUAAAGUCAUCACUGAAAUAUUUAUCCUGGUUCCAGCUUUGGUUGGAUUGAAGGGCAACUUGGAGAUGACCCUAGCGUCUAGGCUGUCCACUGCUGCAAACACUGGACAAAUGGAUGACCCAAACCAGCAGUGGAUAAUGGUGUGCAGUAAUCUGGCUCUAAUACAGGUUCAGGCCACAGUGGUGGGCUUCCUGGCUGCCCUGGCUGCAGUGGUGCUGGGGGCAUUCUCUCGAGGUGGAGUGGAACUGGACCAGGCGGCCGUGCUAUGUGCUAGUAGUGUGACCACUGCUUUUGUGGCAGCAUUGUCCUUAGGUCUGGUGAUGAUUGGAGUGAUCAUCGGCUCCAGGAAGGUGGGAAUCAACCCAGACAAUGUGGCCACCCCAAUAGCGGCCAGCUUAGGAGACCUCAUCACCUUGUCCCUGCUAGCUGGAGUCAGCAGCACUCUGUUUGAACACAGAGGCGUGUGGUACCUGGCCCCGCUUGUGUGUGUCUUCUUCCUCGUCCUGAUUCCUGUGUGGGUGGUGAUCGCUCGGCGGAGCCCACAGAUCCGUGAGGUCCUCAAGUCCGGCUGGCAGCCUGUCAUCGUGGCCAUGUCCAUCAGCAGUUUUGGAGGUCUUAUUCUUGACAAGACAGUCAGUGACCCUAAGUUUGAGGGGAUGGCUGUUUUUACUCCUGUCAUCAAUGGUGUGGGGGGUAACUUGGUUGCCAUUCAGGCGAGCCGCAUCUCUACCUAUCUCCACUUCUGGAGUGUGCCAGGGGUGCUGCCCUACAAGAUGAGGCAGCACUGGCCCAACCCCUGCGUCACCUUUUUCUCCUCAGGUGUGAACUCCAAAUCGGCAAGAGUGCUGUUUCUGCUGGUGGUGCCUGGUCAUUUAGUUUUCCUGUCAGCAAUAAGUCUUCUUCAGGGAGGACACACUGCCAUCACGGUUGCCUUUACCUGCUGUUACCUCUUUGCUGCUCUUCUUCAGGUGGGGAUCCUUCUCUAUGUGUCUGACGUGAUUGUGAGAUUCAUGUGGAGAAGGGGGCUGGAUCCAGACAACUUUUCCAUCCCGUACCUGACUGCCCUGGGGGACUUGCUGGGGACGGGCUUCUUAGCCCUGUGCUUCCACCUGGUCUCGCUGGUGGAGGGCCUUGGCUUGUGAACAUUAGGCCCCUUCCCUGGGUCUCCCCAUGUGACCUGUCUCUGGGACUCUCAAGAUGCCAGGCAUUUGAUCUCUCCCACCUGAGGCACAGUUUAGCAGGCUGUCAGCCCACUGGGGUGACACGAGGACGUAGGACUCCACUUGGCUCAUCAAGAGGGUAUUACUUGCCUGGAAAAACCUGUCGACCUGCACUGGUGACAACUCAUUUACCAGGAAGCAUCAUCUAAAUUAUUUCAUUAUAAUAAAUGCUUACACACACCCACACACACAACUGGAUUACACUGGAUUAGACGUGACUGGACUAUUAAUUGACUUAAUUGUCAUUGCCAAAAUUAUUACUUUUGUGCCACGUAUGAUAUGAAUUAGAUAAUGUUUACAGUAUUCAUGGAUGCAGGAAGCAUUGGCUAUUUGCACAGUGUAGUAGGGUGUAAGAAAAAAAAACAUUCUUGUCAGUUUUUCGGUACCCAAUUGUGAAAUGACAUUGGGUGAAGUUAGAUUGUUAAAUAUAAGCAUUGCAUAACAUAGCAGUACAGCUUUAACUAUGUCUGUAACCCUGGCUUGUGGUUACCAUCUCUAUGAGGUGAACAUACGAUUAAAACGACAUGACUUGUGCUUUGCUUGCACAUUAGGAAUAUAGCGUUUCAUACACUUGACUUUAUAUUUCCUUAAAAAGUAUGCUAAAUUUGAUACCACAUUCAGUAGGCCUACCACUUCUUGUUGUAAAUCCCUAAUUAACUUCUACAUUUGAAAAUGUUAUUUUAUUUUUAAUAUCAUUAUGAAAUAGUUUCAUGUUUGUUUCCAUAUAUUUAAACAUUAUUUAAAAAUGCGCAUUUUUGUGAAAUUUUCUUGUAAAUAUGGCAGCAGUAUUACAGUCAAAUAAAUACAAUCUACACAUAUUUUGUUUUCAAAGUGUUCACAAGCGUUCCCUCCAUAGAGAAGCUUCCGUGCGUUCACGUUCUUUAACACAUGGGAAAUGUGUGUGUUUGAUGGUCUUGAAUGUUCACUGUAUCAUUGCUGAGAAGACAAUAAAGACAUCCUACCAUAA